CUCUCUGCCUGGGGUGUAGAACAAAGCUCCAGCCAUUAUGAAUUGCGGAGGAGAGAAGCAUGAUUUCUGAACAGGGAGACAGAUCUACCGUCAUUUUACACUAGGAAAUGGGACAGAUUAUGAAAUAUACAGAUGAAUUUCACCUUGACUCACCAUGAUUGUAAGUCUAUGUUUUGAGGAUACACAAAAUAAACUUGAUCUGUUUGAAACCUGUUUGCUAGAGUUUAACUGCCUGUUCCCAGUGGAGCCAGAUGCUUUGGGAACAGAACAGUAACAUGACAUAGACUGCCUGACCCCCUCCUUUUCUUUCUCUUGGAGCAAUGAGGGACAUUCUGUUUGAGUGAAGAAAAAAUAAAAGUGCAUCUCUUCUCUACGCACAACUUUAAAAAAAAAAGACUUUGUUUGCACCCAAUUGAGACCUUUGCAUAGCCACGGAAGUGAUAAAACCUGCUUUCCUUCUCUUUGCAUCCCAAACUCCGUUUGGAUUUAACUGAGAAAAGUAUUCUGCCUGGCAGUAAAAGGACAGAGAAUGGAUAGCCCCCCCUUCUCUUUUUGGAACAAAGAGGAAAGACCUUUCUUGUGUUAACUAAGAAGAUUGCCCUGCUAUAAAAGGGUCCAGGGAUGCAUGUUAGAAUCACCUUUGCAAAGUUUUUGUGUGUAUGUUGCUUUAAAAGCUUACCUUGGCAGUAAAAGGAAAAAAAAAACUUAUUUUAGCAGAAAGCAAGCUGAGCCACAUGGUCUCCCUGGAGAUAGAAUUUGCAUGAUACACUCUGCUUCUCCCAGCCUAACCAGCUCAAUCUGCAUUUGAAGAGCAAGCUGCAAAGGCAUUUGGUAAGGGAAAGAUCUGAUGCAGAGUAACAAUCCAGCUGCAGUGCAUGCUGUUACUUUGACUCUUGCUUGAAGAAAAUACUGGAAAGCUAAAUCCCGUUUAUAGGGCAAGCAAUUAAAGUCCAAAGGAACCCAAGUUUGAGGAAAGCCUCUUACGGUCCCCAAAUCGGACAGUUGCUAUGCAGCUCUGUACAAAGGAACACGCUAAAACCAGUUUAACCCAAGCAUUAGUUAGGUUACAGCACCCUGGUGGCCAAAAGGUGUACUGCGCCAACCACACAGCUAUGCAAGCAACACACUCUAGUGGCCAAAAGGUGUACUGCAAUGACAUCUCCUAAGGUUUGCAACGCACCCCCAUGGUCAGAAGGCGAACUGCAACGACAUCUUCGAAAGUUUGCAAUGCAUAUUUGCUUCAAUAAUGGUGAACAGAUUGAAGAAACUAUUAAAUGAAUUUAUUCAUAUGGACCAAAAUGGGAUUUUACCUAAAAGGCAAAUUAGAGACAAUAUGAGGAUAAUUUUGAACACUUUGGAGUAUUAUGAGAUACAUUCAGAAAAACAAAUGGUGAUGAUAUUCCUAGAUGGACAGAAAGCUUUUGACAAUGUGAACUGGCAGUUUAUGAUAAAGCAAUUACAGAUAAUGGACUUUGGGGAAAGAUUUAUGAACAUUAUAAAAACAAUAUAUAAUGAAGAAUUAGCCAAGAUAAUGAUGAAUGGAAAAAUGACAGAAAAAGUUAAUAUAACAAAAGGAACAAGACAAGGAUGCCCAUUAUCCCCAUUGCUAUUUGUAUUGACUUUAGAAGUGCUAAAUAGAAAUAUAAGAAGAAAUGAAGAAAUAAAAGGGAUGAAAACCAAAAAAGAGGAAUACAAACUACAAACCUUUGCAGAGAUUUAGUAUUUAUUCAUGAGGAGCCUCAAAAGACGGGACCAAAAUUAUUAGAACAAAUAGAGGAAUAUGGCAAGGUGGCAGGUCUAAGAAUAAACAAAGAAAAAACAAAAAUAUUGAUGAAAAAGACUACAGAAAAACAAAAAAGAGAAUUAAAGGAGAAAUUAGACAUACAAAUUGUGAAAAAAGUGAGAUAUCUAGGAAUACAACUAACUUCAAGAUGUGCAACGAUAAAAGAAGAUAAUUAUUACAACAUAAAAAGACAAAUUGAGAAAGAUCUAGAAAAAUGGAAAACUUUGCAACUAUCACUUAGGGGAAAGAUUGCAAUAAUCAAGAUGAAUAUACUACCGAGAUUAUUGUUUUUAUUCCAAACAAUUCCAAUAAGAAUUGAAAGACCUAUUUUCAACAACUUAAUAAAAUAAUGAGGAAGUUCAUAUGGCAGGGGAAAAAGACGAGAAUUAAUAUAAAGUUGUUACGAUGUAAGAAUAAGGGGAGUAUUUGGACUGCCGAACUGGGAAUUAUACUACCAGGCAGCAACACUGACUUGAAUGAAAGAAUGGAUAGAAUUAAGAAAUACAAGAUUAUUAACUUUGGAAGGACAUGAUUUACAAUUGGGAUGGCAUGCGUUUUUAUGGUUGCCCAUUGACCAUCUUUUUCUAGGCAGUGGUGCCAUCUAAAGUCUUCUGAUGUUGGAGUCACAGCUGGAAUAUUUACAACCCCUGAAACAGAAGGCAGAACUGUCCAUGCUGGCCAGAGCCACUGGAUCCUUCAACUAUGGAUGGAGACAAAUCUCUCUUCGUGGGCAUGUAAUGUACUUAUGAUCCAGUGGCUAUUCUAUGCAGAUUCUUAAUCUGCCUGUCUGUCCAGUUCAGUGAGAUGAUGCGGCGUGGACGCAAGGGCCGCCAGCGGGCCUCCGAGAUUAUUCGCAAGCAGAAACGUAAAGACCUGGAUGCCCGACGCAGCAAGUGCCGAAUCCGUAUCGGAUGCCACCUGGAGCAGUGGUGUCAGCUCAAAGAGCAGCUGGGUUUUUCUCUCCAUUCCCAGCUGGCGAAAUAUCUGCUUGACAGGUACAGUUCACAUGCCUCAGUAUUGAAAACAGGAUCAGACAGCUCCGAUCCUGAUCCCAUCGUUUUUCCUUCGGAGGCAUUGCAACGUCUGGUUGUCCUUUCUCACAAUCACAGCCAGGAAUGCAGCUUCAUCCCUAACGUGAAGACUGCUUUCCUGGAGCAGGAAAGAGUCUGCAGCCAGAUGGAAUGGGAGUGCCUGGCUGGUCAUACUUUCGCCUGGUGUCCCCCUGUCUCAAAGAUCAGCCCGCCACCCUUUUGCCAAACAGCCUCAGGUGGCAGACAGGAGCAAGAGGAGGAAGCAAUCACUUCCAAGCUGAGUCCUCCACCUGCCCGGGUCACCAGAUGCCGGCGCUCCCUUCGCAAGGCAGCAGCAGCCCAUGCCAUUUCGUUAGCACUUGCUUCCAACUCGCCCUGUCCUGUGGACGAGCCAGAACCAUCUUCCCAAGCGGACGAGGAAUGUGGUACAGAUAGAGAGAGGACCACGUGUAUGUUUCCUGCCGGUGACACAGGUCUGGACAAGGAGACAGAAUUACUGUGCAAUACAGAUUCGGAUGAAACAGAAGCUGCACCAGAUGAGAUUCCAGGUAGCACUGAAGCUCCAGGGCCUGAAAGGAUUUUAACUCUACCAGGGGAGACACCAGAAUCGGUGUCUGGUCCACCAGAGGAGGAGGAAGCAGAAGAUUUCACAGAGGAAGAUAAUAUGGUAUUCAUGGAUGACCUGCAAGAUGAAAAUUAUCAGCCUUCCAUGGAUAGCUGCAAGAAGCAGGCACAGCCAGGAGAUGAAGACUUGUCCCAAAUUGGUCCUAAGAGAAUCAGGAAGGCAGCCAAGCGAGAGAUUCUCCUUUGUGACUAUGAUGGUUGUGGGAAAAUUUUCUCCAAUCGCCAAUACUUGAAUGUAAGUGAAGGAGGAACAGCAGUGGUCACCGGUCUCUUGGGCUGGAUACAGUACCACAAGAAAUACCAGCAUGUUCACCAAAAGACUUUUGCCUGCUCUGAUCCAAGCUGUGGCAAAUCCUUCAACUUCAAGAAACAUCUCAAGGAACACGAGAAGCUGCACAGUGAUAAAAGGGACUACAUAUGUGAGUUCUGCGCCCGCUCCUUCCGAACAAGCAGUAAUUUAAUCAUCCACAGGCGGAUCCACACCGGAGAAAAACCCCUACAGUGUGAGAUCUGUGGUUUCACCUGCCGCCAAAAAGCGUCCUUGAACUGGCACAUGAAAAAGCAUGACGCCGACUCCUUCUACCAGUUCUCCUGCGACCUUUGUGGCAAGAAGUUUGAGAAGAAGGACAAUGUCACUGCGCACAAGAGUAAGAGCCAUCCUGAGGGGGCCACUGGGCCCCUCCCGCCAACACAGGAGCCGCCCCCUCCGAGUUCUCCACUUGCAGCAGAGCCAAUGGCAAACCCGGUUCAGACUCAGCCGUGUGACAUGGGGAAAAAGGUGGAGCCUCCUGCCCUUGCAAUUACCGUCAUCAUUGAAUAGCGGACUGAGCAGAAGGAGAAAAAGCAACAGUAGAGAGAAUUCCUGACAUUUCCUGCAGGCCAGUUGCAAAAUCAGCAAAAACACAUGGGCCCUAGCCUCUUAGAAUAAGGUCCCACCAAUUACAAUCUUUCACUCAGCUCCUCUGGGUUCAGUUCUGGAAUAAAAAGACAAUCUUGGCAUUCUGCCAUGCCUGGCUCCAGAAUGUCUAGUGGUGGCACACAGUCAGUUUGAUGUGUUUUCUUUCCAUCUGUGGUUGAAAAAGUACACCUGCAUAAUUUAUUCUGUCUACACAGCUGGUCUGUCUUGUGUCACAAAUGAGGCCAGUGAGUGGUGCUGUCCUAAUUGUUUACUGCAGGGCAAGUUAAGUUGCAAGAACCGAGGGAUUUCUCAGCCAGUGGGAAAAACAUUGGCUAUAUUAAUUAUGCCAUUUAACGUGGGAUGAUGCUAGAGCUGGGGGCAGGACGAAUGGGUAUAGCAGUGAGUUUAGCCUCUAUCCGCACCUGUACUGGUCUACAGAUCUUGGGACAAUCUGCUUGUCAAACUGUAGCAGAGCCACCUCCAUGUCUGGAUAUUUGUUUUACAUAAUCUGACAGGUGAGCUGCUUCUCUGAUCAGUAGAUUUGAGCCUCUGUAUGGUGACUUACCUGUCAGAACUCUGUAAAAAUAAAUACCCUGGCCAGGAGGCCACUGCAACAUCUCUCAGAAGGAUAUAGGUGUUGUUUUGGCCCACCAGCAGCCACAAAGGCAGAUUCGGACAGUGAGGAGGUUGGGGAGGAACGUGGGCCAAUCCUGGAGUCUGGGGAAGGCUCGGACAAUGGCUCUGAGUCGGAGGCAGAGAGGAGGCCAAGGCCAUCUGGUAGUUCUUUGCUGCCUCCAGAGUCUCCGGAGUCUGACAUCAGCGAGGCAGAAGAACAGCGUGAGCCUGUUCCCAGUGUGUGCAUGUGCAGAGCUGCCAGGAGACAGGAACAAUUAAGGAAACAGAGUUGACUUGGGAGUAAGGCUUGGAGAUGAUUGGCUACCAAACCUUCAUGUAGAUUGUGAGUGUAAAGGGAGGGGCUACAGAGACAUGGAGAACAGGUAACUGACAUAAACACGCUAUGUACAGUCCUGACUUUACAUAGCGUUGUCAGGCAGCGAUCGUGGAAGAUAUGGAGGGAUCUGCUGUAGCUUCUGGAAACAAUCUCUUUUGCAGCCUGCAUAAAUGAUGCAAUGUUUUAUGUACAGGGCAGUGGAGCAGGAUUGGGUUCUACUUACCUUUACUACCGGUUCACAACGGGAUCGUGCGUGCGUGCUUGAUUUGCUCGCACAUGCGCCUUGCUUCUGCACAUGUGCAGAAGCUUCUGCGCAUGUGCAGAUUGCUUCUGAUUAUGUCAGAGUCAGUGGGCGGAGCCUCCCGCCGGUUUUACUACCGGUUCUAUAGAACCGGUCCGAUCCGGGAGCAACCCACCAUUGCGAUGGAGGUACUGUAUGCAUAUUUUAUGCCAUUAUGUUUUACUAACCACGAUGAUCAACUUUGCCAGGGGCAAAAUAUCGUGUCAAGUAUUUAAGUCUUAGCUCCGGCUACUUGAAAUGGUGUGUAUGAACUUCUGACAGCCACAUGGCAUUGUUCAUGAACAUUGAAGCCUAUGGCUGCAUAAAAAAAGGUUACAAGAAAUUUUGUAAUGUACUUUUUAAGUGGAAACUGAGUUUCUUGGAAGGCCGUAUUCCACGGACAAUUUCAUACGCUACUAUUUUUCUAUUUGUAUGUCACUAUUAAAUACAUAUUAUAUUGAUUAAUUUUCCACUCUUGUCUAGCCGGCCCAGAUUUUAAAUUGUAAUAACAGCCAUUAAUAGGAAUAGCUUUCGCUGUUGUGCUCCACAGAGCCAGAAAGAUGUGUCAUAUUUGCAGAGCAGGGCUGCACUUCCCUGCUUCUGGAAACUGGAUGUUGCCAUUCAAAAAAUUUUUAAGUCAAACCAGGAGCCAGAAAAACAGUUUACAAGUCAAAAAUGGAGGGAAAGAAGCUGCAAUUUCAAGAUGCAAUCUAGCAUUUGUGCCAAUCUUGAUUCUUCCUUCCUGAUAAACUGUAUUUUUGAACUGCUUAGUCAUCAUCGGCCUCAAUUCCUACCUGUUUUGGAUAUUUCUAUCCGGAAGUUUAGGGUGAAGUCAGCUUCCAGGACAUGGAGCUCUGCCACCAAAAGACGAAUAAGAAUUGUAUUGAGUGGUGAUAAUUAAAAGGCAGCUUUCUUCAUACUCUCGGGAUUAUAUAAACACUGAAAAACAAAAUAUUUUGUGAUGAGGACUUCAGGUUUAUCCCCUGAAUAACAUGGGAUCUAGAUUUCUCCUUUUUCAGGAGGCCCAGAAGAUAGGUACUUGGGAAAGUUCAUGUGUCUUAAUAUAAUUACUCCUUUGACUCAUUUCUAGGACGUUGAGAGAAAUAUAUGUAUUAAAAGGCUGUUGUUGGAGGGCUCUGAGCAUUCCUCAGGUAAUGGUGCCGUCUCUGCGGCAUAUGCAUCUCCCGUCAUAAAAGGAAUACUUCCGCUGCUUCUCUGUAUGAGGUUCUGCUCUGCGUAUGCCUCAUUUUGGAGUAUAGGAGUGAGUGAUUCCUCACAGUUUCAUUUUUCUUAAAAUAAAAUAAAAUUUUAAAAAACUCAGCUUUUAUAAGUUUGGGAAAUAUGCUCCAGUGCAGGGGUGGGUUCUAGAUUUUUUUACUACCAGUUCUGUGGGCGUGGCUUAUUUUAUCGGCGUGGUUUGAUGGUCAUGUGACAAUUCUUUAGGAUUUAGCAGAAGUACUGGUCUACCAGGCUUUUAACUGCGUACCGGUCUACCUAUUUGUUUCUGGAGCGCACUGGUCUACCACCACACUGCCUUUUACCGCUGAUCAGCUGUAGGGCGGCCCUUUGAAGUGCUGCGGCAAGAGUUUAAGCAGUUUUUUGCCGCUCUGCCACCACCGAGAGCAUCAGAAACCGUUUUCAGGCAGCUUGGCCUCAAUUGCCAAUCUAUCACCACGGAGCGGUUUAUAAGGAGCGGAUUGGUUCUAGCUGAUCAGUUGGGAGGCUUCUUGGCUUCUCAAGUUAAAGCUAAGGUGUCUUGUUUUUUUUUUUUCCUCUUCUUUGUCAAGUUAGCCCUGGUUUUUUUCCUUCUAGCCGAUCAGCUGGGACUCGGGAGGCAGUGAAUAUAUUGGGGGCGGGGCCCGGCAAAGGUGGUAUUUACCGGUUCUCCAAACUACUCAAAAUUUCCACUACCGGUUCGCAAGAACCGGGAGAACCAGUAGCAACCCAUCACUGCUCCAGUGUAUCUAUAAGUAUAGUGUUUUAAUUUCAUAAGAUUUUGGAGAGUUAUGUCCAGUUUUAUGUCAAGCCAUGCCAAACGCAUCCAUACUGGUGUCCUAGAAAUGUAUAGAUCUAAAUCCAAGGAGAUUUCUUACCAAACAGCUAUAGUGAGACUUCACACCCAAGAGUUCUCAGUCCAUACAGCUGUGUUCUAUAUGUUUCUGGAAACAAAUGUUGAUCAAAGGGUUAAAACUAAAUUUACUGAAACUAUUUUUAUCUUGACAAACUUCAGUUUAGCAAAAGUUAUUUCACUUCUGUGAAUUGUGGGAAAGGAUGAGAAAGAGCUAUGCAGAGUAAUCACUCCUGCUUUCUAUGGCUGCUUCCCAUGAAUUGGGGAUUUCAGACAUUGUGUAGGUAUAACAUCUCAUAACCCUAGUGAAGAUUUAAAAGUUGUGUUAUGUUUGAUAAGAAGGCUGAGGUUCUUAGGAAAUUGGAUUUAGCUUUUUACAUUCCCGGGGUUUUUCUUCAUUUACAUGAGGGUAAAACAAAUGCUAAAAGUUUAAAGUUCUGAAUUUCUAAAUUUUGUGGUGUCAAAAUGAGAUGGUGGCUGCUGUUUUGAUUUCUUCUGACCAGCCACUGUAAGGCUGUAGACCAGGAUGAAUCAGCAGGAUUAUUGCUGCUUUAAGACUGAGGAUGAGUCAGCAGGGUUAUUGCCACUUUAAGAAGCUGUCUAUAUAAGGGAGGCCAUGAGAGGGCGUCUCUCUCGUGUAUCACUCUCCUCGUUCUGUUCUAUCUGCAUUGUAGUUCUUUUUUUUUAAUAUUUUAUUUUCAAACAUUAAAAAAACAAAAAAAACACAUAUAUACAAAAUUACAAAAAGAAAAAAAAAAUUUUUGCAAGACUGUGACCAUUUACACAACAUAUCACUACGAAAUUCUUAUACUCUAUACAUUUUACUUCAUCUAAUUCUACUAUGUCUGAGUCUGUUUUAUUUUUCUGUUUUCAAUCCAUUUGUACCAUUUCUCCCAUGAUACAUAAUACUCCAAGUCUGUCAUUCCUUUCAAUUCCAAUGUCAGUUUAUCCAUUUCAGCGCAGUCAAAAAAAAAUUUAAUUAUUAAGUAAUCGGAGGGCAUCUUUGCAUUCUUCUAACAUUGUGCAAAGGCCAAUCUUGCCGCAGUUGUUACAUGUAGAAUGCUAUGUCUUGUCUUCUUAUCAUAAGUCUUUUUCAUUAUCCUGAGAAUAUGAAGAAAGCUGCCUUUUAAUUAUCACCACUCAAUACAAUCCUUACUCGUCUUUUGGUGGCAGAGCUCCAUGUCCUGGAAGCUGACUUCACCCUAAACAUCAGGGUAGGAAUAUCCAAAACAGGUAGUGUCAGGGUAAUGAUUUAAAGCUGACCAGCGGCUGUAAGGCUGUGGACCAGGAUGAUGGACUGAGGAUGAGUAAGCAGGGUUAUUGCUGCUUUAAGAAGUUGUCUAUAUAAGGAAGGCCAUGAGAUGGUCUCUCUCCUCGUGUAUCUCCUCGUUCUGUUCUAUCUGCAUUGUAGUUCUUGUAGAGUUGAUGACUGAUUGAUUGAUUGCCUGGUAUGUGCCUACCACAUGUAUGUAUGUAUAUAGAAGUCUUGUAUAUAAACCACUGUAAGACAAACCUAAGUGUCCUGUAUUUUGCUCCUGGGUUGUCUCAAAAUAGUAGUCACACUGUAAACACUCCGACAAAUCUUAAAGGUUUGUUGGAAAGUUGGAAACAAAUAAAUGGAUCUUCCCCUAUAAAAAUGAAACAAAACAGUGGGAGUUAUUUGCAAAUAAACUAAUGUUUGGGUCCCUUUA